AUGUCGAAGGAGGUUAUUGGCGCUUGUUUUCAUCAGCAUCCAGGUGAAAUGCGACACCACUUAUGGCUACAUCGAAGUCAAGGACAUUCUGUCGUCCGCAUUUCCAUUAACUUGAGAUCGUUGAAAGCGUCAUCUGCAGCUGAGAUUAUAGGAUUUCUGUCCGACGAAAACGACGAAGAUGCAACAGAUAUUUUUCGGUAUCUCAACAUGUCUCAAAUGUAUUAUGUUGACAGUUUGAAACUAGAGAAUAUAACAGGUGAUUGGCACAUGGAGGAGGACGCAAACGUGGACGACGAGCUGCUGCUUAGAGGACUGCGAGCCUGUGCUGAAUAUGUCUCGAAGCCACGCACGACAAAGUUGAUCGUGGAAACUCCGUCAUACGUCCACGUUAUACGUUCUAUGAAUAUGGAAAACGACUUGAAGGAAGAUAUGAAUAGAAGGAUGAAAGCGGCAUGGGCAGCAUUCGCACCCGUAGGGGAAGCCACGGACCAACUGAUGGACCGAAAUCUCUGUGCCCAUCUGUUCGACUCGGCAAGCACACAACACCUAGCCGGUCUCCGGAGCUCCGUCUUAAGAGCAAUAUUCCGUCUUCGCGACCCAGCGGAAUACAUGCCAAAAGCAAAUCAUAGAUGGGCAGGUUACAUUAUGAGAAGAAUCGAUGUGUGCGAGCUUCUUUCGAACGUCACCUUUUUAAUCAGCGCUUGUGAAUCGGAAGCAUCGCGACAACUUGUAGUGGACGUGUCCCAUCUCUCUGCUCUCCCUACAAUUCAGAUUGUUCGUAACAACUGGAGAACAGUGGAUGGCUCAACACUUCCGAAUCAGAUCUACAUUGUAACUACUGGUACCAUCUUCGAAUAUGUCAUUCUAGAUAUUUUUCCAUUCUUAAAUAUUGCUUUGGAUGUCACUGUGCUCUUUGACAAGACGUACAGGAACACUAACAACUUACGUAACGUAUUCGAAAUGCUCCCUGUUCCGGUAACCUUUGUCAACCUUCAAACAAAUGCAGCAAUGCUACAACGUCAAGUUAAACAUCUUAAAGCCAUAGCAUCGAAAAACAUUGUCGUUGUUGCUGAUACAGCAAUGAUAGAGAUGAUUGUGAAAGAGGCAAGUGUGUACUUUGAUGCAAGCAACAUUUUAUUAUUCGACGAAAUAAUCUCCAUCAACAUCGACAACCUUCUGCCAACGUCUCACAAGAUCACGGAUUCCUUUGGUGUAGAACUCUGGCGACUUGGAGGCGAAGAAAUCCCGAAGGUCAUUUUCGAGGUGGUCACGAUUAUCGUAGCGCUUCUCUUCCAGGUAAUGCUGAAGCGAUCGGAAGAGCUGAUAGUCGCUCGUGCCCAGUUGAGCGCAGUAGACCUCGGCAGUAACUGUCGUGUUGUCCGGCAGCAGUUCAAAACGGUAGAUUCCGUGAACUCUUCACCAGAUGCUCAGCAUGACCUUCUUCUUAUGGAUUUCACCUUUCACGAAAGGAUCCGGCACCUCAUCGCCAGCGCACCACGCACGUUUGUGGGUGUGGUUGACGUAGAGGACCCAUUUUUCAUCUCCAGCUACAAUGGUGUCCAGCCAGUCGAAUGUGCAGCUUUUGGAGAGCAGCUGAGUGCAGAUGUCCAGCCAUCUUUGGCGGUUGCCGUCGCUCAGUGCAUGUGGGAGCCACUGACCGAGCUUUUUCACCAUUCCGAGAGAUCGCAGUCCAUUGCUCACGGUGGACAGCGAACAGCCAAGGCUGGCAGCAAAAUACCGCACGCCUUCAUGUGGAUGUUGCUCCGCCAGAUUCUUCAGUUCGUCGGACGAUAUUGCAGUCGGUCAACCAGAGCGAAGCUUAUCUUCGAGUUUCUUGUUUCCGGCUUUGAAGCGCUGGAACUUGGCGCGCACAGACCGCCCAGAAGGGGCUUCAGUGCCGAAUACGUGACUUAG